AUGAGUUUCGGGUUUAGUGUUGGGGACUUCGUCGGCGUCGCCCAGCUUGCGAACAAGUUACGCAAAGAGUUCUUUGGCGCUCCCAACCAAUUCAAGGCCUUGUCCGAUGAGGUGAGAAGCCUUUCCAUUGUCCUCCAGGACGUCGACGUUGCUCUCUCCGAAACGGGAAUUACCGACCAGCAGCAAACAGAAAUACGCGACAUCAUCGUCGGCUGUCGCCAUGUUUUAUUCGACAUAGAGGAGGCCCUGGCAAAAAACUCUGGAAUAGAAUCAAGCGGUGGGAGUCUAGGCAGUCGGCUGAAACGUGUAUGGAAAAAAGUCAACUGGCAGCCUGACGACAUUCAUCUGCUGAACCAACGCCAAACCGACCGAGAUCGACUAGAUGCACUCAGAGCAGGAAAAACAAUCCUCACAUCCGUCGUCAUCGAUGACCUUACCAAGAAUCUACAUGCCAAUUCGGACGCCGGAAUUGCACUCGAGAAGGAUCGUGCACCGCUACUCCACGACAUAUCGGCGACGUUACGAUCUGUAGCGGCCACGUACGCGAGGAUCUUCAUUGUCAUCGAUGCGAUUGAUGAAUGUUCUGAAGCUGAAAGCAAAAGGAUCAACGUCUUUAUCACGUCGAGGUCCAUCCCGACUAUCAGCGAGAGUUUUGCCAAGAGUAUGUCACUGGAAAUCCGUGCUAGUGACGACGACAUCCGGACGUAUCUUGAUAGGAAUAUGUUUCGGCUGCCCAGUUUCGUCCGGGACAAGCUUGAAUUUCAGACGAAAAUCAAGGAGAGCAUUAUCUGUGCGGCGCGAGGCAUGUUUCUUCUCGCGCAGCUCUAUUUGGAGUCCAUAGCUGAUGUCACGGGCUGUGCCCGGCUGGUGGACCCGGUUGUACCGGGUCCGCUGAAGCGACGAUUUUGCGAGUCACCGGUGCUCAAGCAGUGGGACCCGAGCCUCCCGACCUUUUUGGAGACGGAUUGCUCAGGCUACGCAUUGGGAGGCGUCCUGUCGCAGGAAGGCCCAGAUGGACGUCGACACGCAUGCGCCUUCUUCUCGAAGCGACUUUCGCCAGCGGAGUACAACUAUCCCAUUCACGACAAGGAGAUGCUUGCCAUCAUGAGAUGUCUCGACAACUGGAACGCCGAACUUAGGAGCUGCGGCCCAUUUACAAUCCUUACCGAUCACCGCAACCUGGAGUAUUUCAUGACACGCCAGAAGCUCACGGAACGGCAGAGCCGUUGGGCAGCCGAAUUGUCCCAGUUCGACUUCAAGCUCGAGUAUCGACCGGGAAGCGAGGCUGUCGUGCCUGAUGCGUUGUCCCGCCGUGAACAAGACAAGCCACAGGGCAUUGACGACGAGCGGGAACAAGGAAGAAUGAUACAGUUGAUACCGGAUAGUGCCAUUCCAUCAUCGACAAGAGCAUGUAUCAACGCGAUGAGUUCUGACUGUUCAGAGGCAUCCACCCUGCCGAAGAUGAAGGUCUUCGAGGUAGCGGACCUGCAGCAACUCUGGGACGAAACGGUGGCGAAGGACUCGAUAUUCCGGGCAGCCUAUAAGGCAGUCCGCGAUCGCGAGCGUGCCUUCCCGCCCUCGCUGGGCCUGAAGAUCCAGAUUUCAGAAUGUGCGAUCGACGCAGGCAAAAGGCUGACAUUCAGAGACCGUAUUUGGGUGCCGGGUGGAUCCGGAGAGGAGGGUAACCAGGAGGAAGCUGAGAAAGACCAGUUGAGAACCCGCAUUGUGCAGCAGUCGCAUGACUCUGUUGCGACCGGUCAUCCCGGCAGGAAGGUACGCUGGCUAUUGUGGCUCGGCGAUUCUACUGGCCUGGGCAGUCCCAGCUGGUUCGCCGGUACGUAG